CACUUCACCUCAUCUGUCAUCAUCGCUCCUCGCACUGAAACACCGACCUCAUCGGACUGUUCCCCUCCGCUGUCUCUUUAAGAGGCAGCGACGCAGCAGCAGCAGCAGCAGACGCCUCAUUUCAUCUCCGGGCUCCAUGGCUGCAGGAUGGAGCCUGAGCAGCCGCAGCCGCAGCAUCCUCUCCUCCUCUUGCGGGCACCACCUGCUGGAACCGAGGCUUGUCCACGACGACGCACCGCGACCUCCACCGGCAGACAUGUUUGGCUGUGAGGGCUCCUAGCGUCUUUCUCUAGAGACUGCAGUGGGGACGUUGGAGGUUAUCAAUGUCUCUCACUCCGAGUAGGAAGCCCUCCUCAGGUCAGCGCAGGCGCUCGAUUGGCACCGGUGGCGGCAGCGUGAAAUAUUCCAUCGACACAUCUAGUACCCAGACCUACCCGGGUCGGGGCCGGGCAGCAGAGGAGACCCUCACAGCUCGGACGUAUCCCACUACACCCAGACGUCAGGCACGGCACACAACCUGCAGUGACAACCAUGGGAUCAGGCCCCCGACCCCGGAGCAGUACCUUACGCCCCUGCAACAGAAGGAGGUGUGUAUACGGCACCUUCGAGCCAGGCUGAGGGAGAAUGUGGAAAGACUCCAGCACAGGGACUGUGAAAUAGACGAGUUGAGGACCCAGCUGUACAGGAUGCAGGAAGACUGGAUCGAGGAGGAGUGCCACCGCGUGGAGGCCCAGUUGGCUCUGAAAGAGGCCCGCAAGGAGAUCCUGCACCUCCAGGAAGUGGUGGAGUCAGGGAGGUCGACCCCCAGUGUCCGGGAACCAGACCCCCACGACCACAAGCCAUACUCCGGGCUGCUGGGAGCUCGGCCCGUUGGCAGGUCUCGCUCCUGUGGUUGUUCACCAGCCAGCACUUUGAGCCGCAGCACCACCCACACCCGAAUGAGCAGCGAGGCUCUGCAUCUGGAGCGCAGCCCCAACGCUCCUGAGGCGGGUGGAGCGCCUCGCUCAGCAGGACAAACCCACCUCCUCCUGGAGGCGGCCCUCCUGUCAGAGCAGCUGCCGCCACAGGGCCACAUCCGAGGCCCCCCUCGCUCCUCCACCUAUGAAAGGCUGUGCAGUGGGGGGGCCGUGUUGCCAGUCUCACACUCCUGCCACACGCUCAGCAGCAGCAGCUGCAGGUGCAGUGGACACGCCUACCAACCCCACCAUCACCUGUUCCUGCACUUACCUCAGGAGGAGGUCCCAGUGACAGCGGUGACUCCUCCAGUCCCAGUCACUGACCCGGUCCCAGCUCCUUCUCCUGCAGCAGAGAAGAGGCCAGAGGUCCGCUCCCAGGCCUGCAGCCCCACCAUGACCUGGCUGUGUGAGGAAACCAGUGCAGGAGAACUCAGUGUCAUCUCUUUACCCACAGCAGACGUCCCCCCCUCAGAGCCUCAUCUGUUCCCAUCGUCUUCACCUCCUGCGUCUCCUCCUUCAUUCAGCUUAGAGACGCUACCACGGGAACAACGGGAGGAGGUAGUGAAGAUGCCAGCAGAGCCACACACCUGCCAACCCCACCCCACAGCUCCACUGCCGGUGAGGCAGGAGGCCACGGUUCUGGAGAUAGAGGAGGACGACAGGGAGGAAGGUGAAGCAGCAAGAGAGGAAGGGCGUUCCCCUCAGCUGUGCCACUGGAGCCGCUACUUCCUGGUGGAUCUUUUGGCCCUGGCAGUGCCAGUGGUCCCCACCAUGGCGUGGCUGUGUCGAGGGGCACCCCGGGAUGUCCUGCCGGUGUAUCACAUCGGCUCCCUGCUCAGAGGCUGCUGCGCCGUCGCCCUCCACUCGCUGCGCCGGCAGGGAGCCGGCCGGGGACGCAGGCCCACGGACAUGAACGGAACUUCAGCAAUCUGACAUUAGGAAAACAACUUCUCACCUCCGCCGGCCUCACAGCAGCGACAUGCUCUCAUCAGAUUUCAGUUAAAGUCAUGUUGCUGAUUAGGUUUUUAGAUUUUAAAGCCCCCUUACGUUUGUGGACAUGCCUUAGACGACAGAGGAUUAGUUGUACCUUAUUAAAUACCUGCAUUAGUUAAAUGUACUGUACUGACUGCCUGCAGUUUCAAUGGUUUUCUCUUUAUUGCAAUUUGCAUGUAACCCACCAUGUGGUUGGGUUCUCCUGCUUGAAUUCAAAAGCCCCAACCUGGAUUUUAUAUGAAGAAAAGAACUGAGUUUAUUUAAUUUAAAAUAUUUGAGGAAGAGAUAUUUUUUGCUGCCGAAUAUUUCUCCACUUUAAUCAUAAUCAUAUCACCAUAACAACCAUUCAAAAGUCUAUGAUUAGUCGAGAGACUAAAGCAGAGAGUAAAUAGACUUAUAGCACAGUGAGUAAGAAGUGGAAUGCUAUUAUUUUGAAAUUCCUCCCAUGAAAAUACUGAAUGUUUUAAAGCUUUUAAGUUCUCAAAGCUCGAGCAUGUGCAUCAAAUCUAGUUCUCAGGUGCAAAACAGAAAGAUCAGUGAUAUUUUGCCAAGAAACAAACGAUCAGGAUGAGAGUUUAAAACUGCACCGACUCUAUUUCUUUGCAUUCACCCUGAACAUCAACACGACUUAUUCAUUUACUGAGAAUCAAUGACCAAAAAUUACAGAAUAAAUGGGGGCGUGGCCCUGUUAAUGUUUGACAUAACAGAGAUAAUGAUGAACUCAUGAAAGCUCAGAUCUUUACAGCCGAUCAGUCGUCGUUGCAGUUUAAACAUAAAUAUAUACGUGACGUCCUUAAAUGAGCCAUCUGGUUACAUCUCUUCAGUUCCAUGUUUCUAUUAAAUUUAGAGGAGAGGUAUUUAGAUUUAACUUCCACUACUUUGUGAUCCACACAGCCGAACAAAUGAAGGAUAUAGUUUUUUAUAUCGUGAUUUAUUUUCAACUUCAACAUGAAAUGAAAGGUCUUUGCACAGCUGGAAGUAAGAGAGUUAUCCUGCGUGUCAGUGUGGGUUACUUUCACAGCAACGUACUCAUAUUUAUAACCAUGUACAAUGUGUAUCAUAGACUUGACAAGUGGCCCUUGAGUGUGUCGACUGAAAUAUUGUAUGUACAGUAGAUUUUAGCCUUAUCGUGGAAAAAGAGCAAUGUUUUAGCUUUCAGGGAACUUUGCCAUAAGGUUUUACUGGUAUAAGG